AAAUGUAUGCAGCUCGUGCCUCACAAUUUGCCAAAACCAUUACCAUGGCGUGUAGUGUACAGAAGCAACCCACAACCAAUCCCCUAGCCAAGGGUUCCUCGUCCUCGGCUGGCCCAACAACUCCUAAGCCCAAAAAUCCUAGUGGCCCCCGAGGAUCAUUACCAACGGAUAUGGUGGGAGCACAGCCGCCCUUGGAAUUCCAGUGGCCACCACCAAUUCCCGUAUCGACACACACAAACAAUGUCCGCUUGAAUAUGAUGAAUCAGGAUCCCAAGGAUUUGCAUACGGCGAGGGCGAUGAUAGAAGAACUGCGAUCCAAAGUCAGAUUUCAGGCAGAACACAUUAUGAAAUGGAGAAAGGCUUAUGCUCUGCAGGUACAGCAACAGUAUCGCUAUCAAAAGGAAAAAAGCGAUCAAAUGAACGCAUUGACCUCACAGCUGCUGCUCUUGGAGUCACGCCUGAAACGCAAGCAGAAGCAAAUUUCCAGUCUUUUACAACAUCGGGAGAUGACGAUACAAAGACAACAGAAAAUAAUAGAUACACUUUCCUCGCGCUUGGUCGACCAUGGUCUCGAAACGAUCGAUGCAAGCUAUACCACCGAAUUGGAUUCACUAAAUGAUUCCGAUUCCGCUGUGGUUCUCGAAGAUAUGGACUCCGAUUCAAAUAUCACACUGAUAGGCGGGAUUCGUAGAAAAGGUUCGGGAGCUGGUUGUGGUGGUGGACCCUGUACGGCUCCCAGCACGGGUGGAGAUGGCAUAACAAUUGCCCGCUCCAUAUCAGAUGCCAUUGAGACUAGCCUCAAUAAGUAUGGCGUUGUUAGACGCAACAAUUGCUUCUUGCGCCGACCCGAAAUUCUUGAGACUGUUUAUUCUGUGGAAGAGGAUCCCGAACCGACGUCUGACGUAGCUGAGAAACGAGACAAGUUCAAGCAGAGAUCUGAAAAGGCUUUGAGUUCCAGUUCGACUGAGGGACAACUGGAUACUAUGGAAAUGGUCUCGCCGCCAAAUAACACCGCCACGAGUACAAGUAAUAACAACAACAAUGGUCCGUCAUUACCCCUAACUACCGUUACCAUUACCGGGCCCGAAGAUACAACCAAAGACAAAGAACAACCACCCUCCUCUCAAAACGAAGAAAGCUUCACCACCGCGCUCAGCAUGCGUGUGCCCCAGCUACAAAGAAACGCAAAAUCCAUGGAAGAUCACCAGCGCUCCAUGAGCAAAGAUGACGAUGAACUGAAUAACGACCAGCCCAAAUCACAAAACCCUGUGACAAACUACAACCGUGUCAUGUCCAAUCAUCGUUCCGUAACCAAGCCCAAAGACGUCAAAUACAAGCGAAUCAACAAGGCGAAAUCAAAAAGUCUGGAAGAAUUGAGGGGGCGUUUAAAAAAUCUAGUGGAGAAGGUUGAUCCGGUUCUCAGCAACUCGGUGUACACACCCAACAUAAUACCACAAACAGCGCAGUCGUAUGCGUGACAAUUGCCCAACAGUGAUAAAGAUCCCUGUGCAACAAGCCCCUCGUCAACCAACAACACACCUUCCAAAGUCAAUGAUUUCCCGCUGAUCAGCGUGGAUCGAAAGCCCACAUCCGAAGUCUCUUUGGCCUUGGCGGUGGUGUCGAUGACGAAACAUGCCGGACCUAAACGUUCCCUAACCUCGCCGCGAAUUCUAGUGCCACAAUCAGCCCUACACAAUAGUGGCAAUGGUUCGGCCGGCUCUGGAUCUGGAGGCGGCAGCCGCAGCAGCUUCUAGCAAUUAAAGAAAUUCUUCAUUCGUAAUUGUGAUAAAAAGU